AUGAAUAGAUUUAAUAGAGUAUUUAAAGAUAACUUAGUGAUGAUCAUUGUGUCUCUAUUGGUAAUGUUUCAAAAUAUCUUUGGAAAUGGCACAAUAAUAAUAGCUACAUUGAUCAUAUUUAUUUAGGUUUUAAGAAUUAUAUUAUGUUUGAUUACUUAAAUCAAAGAAUAUAUUCAAUAUUUUGAUUUGAUAUAACAAUGGAGUUUGCUUAUAGCCAUUUAUUUUGGAUCUAACUAAAAUUUUAUGUCAAUUUUAGCAUUAUGUAAUGCUAAAGAGUUCUUUAAUACAAAAAUGAAUUUAUAAAUGAUAUAACUUAAGAAGCUAUUGAUUAUUCAUCAUGUAGUUUCUGAUGUUAUUCUAUUUACAUUAUGUUCAAUUAAUAGUUUAAAAGAAGUUCAUCUAUCAAUAAUAGCGAUUUUAAUUCAUUGGCUAAUUUUAUUUUAUAAUUCUAAACAUAAAAAGCUUAAGAAGAGUAUGGAUAGUUAUACUUAGGGAGAAAUACCUGAUAAAAUAGUAAUUGAUAGUGCAGGUCACACAAAUAAUCAUUCAAGAGUUAAAUUUCAAGAAAAACCAAGUAAUAUUAAUGACAGUCCUAGAGAUAAUAAAUUAGAGAUUUUAAGCAUAUUUCCAUAAGGAAUAGGAUUAUUUAAAGUAUGUGAGAAAUAAUUAGAGUUAGAAUAUCAUAAUGAAAAUAUGUUAAAGUUAUCUACUGCAUAAUCUUCAGAUGAAAUUUUAUAAAAAUUAUUUAACUUAGAACAACAAUAAAUAACUGAUAUUUAAUAAAGAUAGUAAUAAGAAUAAAGAAAUUCAAUGAGUUCAUUUUGUACUUUUUAACAAACUCCAAUUCCAUGUAAUUUCAUUCAUAAUGGUUUUCGUAAUCAAAAGAGAUCCCAAACAAAUUAAUUGUAAGCAUCUUAAAAAAUAGAAUUAUUACGAUAAAAUUCAGUAUUGAGUUCUUUAGAAACUAGAGGAGUAUUAUUAAAAAAAUGUGAUACUUUAUGUGAAGAAUCAGUAAUAUUUUAUGAAAAUUCUUAGAUUUUAGAAUAAGAGAUCAGAUUGUUAACUUAACAAUUACGUAAAAAUGAAUUUUAAAAUCAAAUGAAAUAUUAAAAUGAAUUAAUUUAGGAACAUAUUGUAAUUUAUGGAUACUAAAAAGUUUAAAAUGAUAAUAAAAAAAGAGCAAUAGAAGUGAAAUUAUAUAAUGCUUUAAUUAAAGAUACACCUUAUAUUUUAAUAUUGAUAAGGGAUAUAACUCAUAGAGAUUAUAUUUAAGCAUUGUAAGAAUAUAGCAAAUAGAAAUCAAAAACAUUGUCAUUUGUGAGUCAUGAAUAUAGAACACCUUUAAAUUGUAUAAUAGAGAUGUUAGAAUUAGGAAUAGAUGAAGAAUAAAAACAUUAAUCAUAAACAGUAAUAAUGGAAAAAGAAUGUAUGAGAGUAAUGAAGGUUAAUUAUCCUAUAAAAAUAAAUAAAUAAAUAAAAAUUGCUUUAGAUAAUACUAAAUAUUUAUUAAAUUUAAGUGAUGAUCUAUUGGAUUUAGCAUAAAUAAAAGUUGGAAAAUUUAAAAUAAAUAAAGCCAAAUUUAAUUUUAAUUUAUUACUUGAAAGUUGUGCAGAUUUAUUUUAGGUUACAGCUGAAAAGAAAUAAAUUAAAUUAUUUAUAAAUUAUGAAAGUAAAGUUCCAAGAUUUAUUUAUUCUGAUUCCAGUAGAUUAAAAUAAAUUAUGAUUAAUCUAUUAGGUAAUGCAUUCAAAUUUACAGAUGAUGGAUCAGUCACUAUUAAAGUUUCUUUGUUAAAUUAAAAAUUAGAUGUAUCAGUUAUUGACACAGGUAUAGGUAUAACAGAUGAAGAUUAAGCCAAAAUAUUUUAAGCUUUUGGUAAAGGUAAUAGUGAAGAACACAAAAAGAUGAAUAAAUCUGGUGUUGGUUUAGGAUUAUUAAUCAGUAAUUAAAUAUUAUAAAAUUUGAAUUAAGAUUUAUAAAGUGGUCUCAAAUUUAAUUCUUAAUAUAAAAAAGGUAUUUAGAUUAUUUAAAUUUAGGUUCAAUAUUCUACUUUCAAAUAGGAUAUUAAGAUUUAAAUGAAAUUUAAUCAUUAAAUAGUUUAGAAGAACGUAAUUAAGAUAGUGAAGAAUCUAUUAUUAUGUAACAAUAAUAAGAAGAAAGUAUUCAUAAAGUAUAUGUUCAUAAUCACAUUUCAAUAUUUAAAAGAUCAACUAAAGCUAUAAUGACUUUUUAAAUAUUGAUAGUAGAUGACAUUUGUAUGAAUAUUGAAAUGAUGAAGAUAAAACUUGAUAGAUUGUAAAUUUAAAAUAAUAUUAUAAGAGGAUUUGAUUCAGUAGAUUCAGCAUGUAAUGGUUAUUCUGCAAUAGAGAAGUGUUAAAAAAAAUGGUAAAUUAAUCAUGAUUUUUAUAAAUUGAUAUUUAUGGAUUUGGAAAUGCCUAAUAUAAAUGGAAUUUAGACAACCAAAAAAUUAUUAGAAUUAUCCUAAAAUUUCGGAAUAAAUAUCACAAUAAUAGGAUGUUCUGCAUAUGAAAGUAAUGAAUAAAAAAAUGAAUGUUUACAAGCAGGUAUGAAAGAUUACUUAACAAAACCAAUUUAAUUAAAUGAUCUCUAAAGAAUAUUGUAGUAGUAUUUAUGA